AUGUCCAUGAACAUUCUACUACUGGGUAGCGGUGGCCGGGAGCAUGCUCUAGCAUGGCGGCUUGCUCAAUCACCGUCGGUCGAGAAGGUGUACGUUGCACCCGGUAACGGUGGCACGGCCACCAUGGGCACCAAGGUGAUUAAUUUGCCGGACCUAGGUACAUCCAAACAGCACUUCGGCGCACUGCGGGACUUUGCGCUUGCGAAUGAUGUGUCCCUAGUUGUGCCAGGGCCUGAGCAGCCCCUAAUUGAUGGUGUUACAGAUGUAUUCCAGAAGGUGGGUAUCCCAGUGUUCGGUCCUUCGCAGAAGGCUGCAGUGUUUGAAGGUUCGAAGACCUUUUCAAAGGAUUUCAUGGCAAGACAUGAUAUCCCGACGGCACGCUAUGCAAACUUCGAUAACUAUGAUGAGGCACGGGCCCAUAUAGAUGCAGUUGACUACAGAAUUGUGCUUAAGGCAGAUGGUGUUGCGGCUGGGAAGGGCGUAUUACUCCCAACCACCAAGGCUGAAGCUGUGGAGGCGUUGGAUGCGAUUAUGGUACAGAAGCAGUUUGGCGCUGCUGGAGAUUCCGUGGUCAUUGAAGAAUUCCUUGAGGGAGAUGAAAUAUCGAUCCUAACGAUAUCUGAUGGCCACGAGUUCUUCAAUCUGCCACCUGCUCAGGAUCAUAAAAGAAUCGGUGAAAACGACACUGGUCUCAAUACUGGAGGUAUGGGUACCUAUGCCCCAGCUCCAAUUGCGACACCUGCGCUCUUGGAGAUAAUUGACAAGGAAAUCAUUAAGCCAUCGAUUGAUGGUAUGAGAAAGGACAGAUUACCAUUUGUUGGUGUCUUAUUCACUGGUAUUAUCGUGACUAAGGAUGGUCCUAAAGUUUUAGAAUACAACGUUCGUUUCGGAGAUCCUGAAACACAGUCGGUGCUACCUCUACUUUCUGAGGAGACCGAUUUGGCCGAGGUUUUUUUGGCCGCUGCAGAACACCGGUUAGACUCUGUCAAUAUCGGUAUUAAGCCUGACACAUACGCGACUACUGUUGUAUUAGCUGCUGGCGGAUACCCAGAGAGUUACAAAAGCGGCGAUGAGAUAACUGUGGAUUCGUCGAGACUUCCAAGUGGCUCUUACAUCUUUCAUGCUGGUACCAAAAAGGAAGGUGAGAAGAUAUACACCGCUGGAGGCCGUGUUCUUGCGGCCUCUUCCGCGGCUGCCACACUGAGAGAUGCAGUGGACGGGGCUUACCUUGCUGUUGGGUGUAUCCACUUCGACAACAUGUACUUUAGGAAAGACAUUGCCCACCGUGCCUUCAAGACCGGAGAUGCUGCGCAGAACAAGUCCAUAACCUACUCCGACUCGGGUGUGUCUGUCGACAAUGGGAACCUUCUAGUUCAAACAAUCAAAGCCAAGGUCAAGUCAACCAGUAGGCCAGGUGCCGAUUCGGAUAUCGGCGGAUUUGGUGGGCUUUUUGAUCUAAAGGCGGCAGGUUACAACGCAGAUGAUGCAUUACUUGUUGCUGCAACGGACGGUGUUGGUACUAAGCUCUUGAUUGCACAAGAGACUAACGUACACAAUUCUGUUGGAAUUGACCUCGUUGCUAUGAAUGUCAAUGACCUAGUCGUGCAAGGAGCGGAGCCACUGCUUUUCCUAGACUACUACGCUACUGGUAGUUUAGAUGUCCAAACAGCAGCCGAAUUUGUAUCUGGUGUAGCUGAUGGCUGUAUCCAGGCCGGUUGCGCACUUGUCGGUGGUGAGACCUCUGAAAUGCCAGGCAUGUAUCCUCCAGGCCACUACGAUACCAAUGGUACCGCUGUCGGCGCAGUGUACAAGAACUCUCUGCUUCCGAAAAUCGCCGAGAUGAAAGCAGGUGAUGUCCUACUUGGACUGGCUUCCGACGGUGUCCAUUCCAAUGGAUUCUCCCUUGUUAGGAAAAUCAUGGAGCACACCGGGAAAUUGUGGUCUGAUACUUGUCCAUGGGAUGCUUCCAUGUCAUUGGGUCAGGCAAUGCUAAUACCAACUAGGAUUUACGUGAAACAGCUUCUGCCAUCUAUCAAGAAGCAAUUGCUUCUCGGCCUUGCACAUAUCACUGGAGGUGGCCUUGUGGAGAAUAUUCCACGUGCCCUGCCGAAACACCUGCAAGCCAGGGUUGAUAUGCGCGCUUGGGAGGUUCCUGCUGUAUUCAAGUGGCUAGGUAGCGCAGGAAAUGUCCCAGUUGCUGACAUUCUCAAGACUUUCAAUAUGGGUAUCGGUAUGGUAGCCAUAGUGCAGAGAGAGAAUGUUCCAGCGGUGAUGAACUUAUUGAUGGAGGCAGGUGAAAAAGUAUAUGAGAUCGGCACCCUUGUAGAAAGGCCAGAAGGCGAAGCCAGUUGCAUUGUGGACCAUGCCUCAAAUAUCUAUUAA